AUGGUGCAUUAUUACAUCCUUCCACCUAACGGUGCCCAGUCAGUGGAUCUCAUUGACUGGGUGGACAACAUGUGGCCUCGUCACCUGAAGGAGAGACAGACGGAUUCAACUAACUCUAUAAAUGACAUGCAGUAUCCCAAAGUUCAGAAAUACUGUCUGAUGAGUGUGGAGGGCUGCUACACAGACUUUCACAUAGACUUUGGAGGUACCUCAGUCUGGUACCACAUAUUAAGGGGAAGCAAGGUGUUUUGGUUGACCCCUCCAACCCCUCAGAACCUGGAGCUGUAUGAGAACUGGGUGCUCUCUGGAAAACAAGGAGAUAUUUUUCUUGGAGACCGUGUAUCUGACUGCCAGAGGGUUGAGCUGAAGAAGGGCUGCACGUUAAUUAUUCCCUCAGGUUGGAUUCAUGCUGUCUACACUCCUGUGGACUCCAUGGUGUUUGGAGGAAACUUCCUUCACAGUUUCAACAUCCCUAUGCAACUGAACAUAUGUAAUAUAGAAGACCGAACACGGGUUGGUGCCAAUGAAACAGGAAGUGUCUUAAAAAUCGGAAGUACUUUUUUGUGUGUGUUUGUGUAAUCGAUGACCUUGUUG